AUGAAUUUCACACCUGGGGACAGUAACAUAACAACGGCUGUGAAUUACUGGGACACAUUUAACAUGGCUGUUGGCAAGAAUGUGGCCGUUGUUGUCCUCGGCAUCACCAUCAACUACAUCAAUGCUACAAUGGUCCACACCUUCAACAAGCAUCAUUUCUUCAAGGCCAACCCUCGCUACAUCCUAUUCAUCCACUUGGUGUUCAACGACAUGAUCCAGCUGACAACCAGCAUUUCUCUCUUCAUCUUCUCCUACGCCUUCAACACCGUCUACGUCCCCGUCUGCAUACUCCUCAUCUUGCCGGCUAUUCUCACCACACAAAACACCCCUCUGAACCUAGCUUUCAUGGCAGCAGAGUGCUACGUCGCUGUCUGCAUUCCCCUCCGCUAUAACUACAUAUGUACAGCCAGAAGAACAUAUCUUGUGAUUGGCAUAAUCUGGGCAACGAGUUCACUUUCUGUCCUGCCAGAUGUCUUCAUGCUCUUGGCCACUGAACCUCUGCAGUUCUUACAUUCAAGAGUGUACUGCUAUAGGGAUGCUGUGUUUAGGAGCACCUACAGUCUAAAGAAGAGGGAUGCAUCCCACAUACUGUUCCUGGUAGUGGUUUGGCUCAGUCUGUUCUACACUUACUUUAGAAUUUUGUUAGUGGCCAAAGCUGCACAUGCAGAGGCCAAAAAAGCAAGAAACACUAUCCUCCUUCAUGGUUUUCAGGUGCUGCUGUGUAUGAUGGUCUAUGUGCAACCUAUGUUACAUCAAUUGCUCACAAAGUUGUUCCCAGGAGAUGAUAGAUUCAUAAAAUUUGCUAUUUUUACUAUAAACCAAAUCCUCCCUCGCUUUGUUAGUCCUAUUGUCUACGGGCUACGAGACAAGACCUUUAGGAAGUUCUUCAAAAGGUAUCUGUGUCGAUCAAACAACCGUCCAAAGACAACAACGACAAUCUCAUGA